UUAUCAGCAAAGCCUCUCUUAUCCUUUCUCCAAAAAUGGCAACAUUCAUGCUGAAGUUAAUGCUUCCUCUACUUUUUCUGUCCAUAAUUUCUCCAAAAACAGCAUAUGCCGAAUUUGAGCAAUGGUGUGUAGCUGAUGAGCAGACCACAGACAAUGAGUUGCAGGCAGCCUUGGAUUGGGUUUGUGGGAGAGGAGGUGCUGAUUGUAGUAAAAUUCAAGUGAAGCAACCUUGCUAUUUUCCAAACACAUUAAAAGACCAUGCUUCUUAUGCCUUCAACAACUACUUUCAGAAGUUCAAGCACAGUGGUGGUUCUUGCUACUUUAGAGGUGCUGCCAUGACAUCAGAAGUGGAUCCUAGUCAUGGUUCUUGUCACUAUGACUUCAUCCCUUGAUCCAACUUUCAUUGAAGACUAAAAAUAACUGCAGCAAAAAUUAGAGCUUGGGCC